CUAUAGAAAAAUGGACACAGAAAAAUCAAAUCAACAAAAUCAACUACUUACAGAAGUACCCCCAACACUUCAACAAUUACUCCUUACUUUAGUCAAAAUAUUUUAUGGAAUUGAAUGUUAUGUUAUUUUUUGUUAUAUUCAAAAGAAAAUUAUAUUAAAAGAAGAAGAGCUUCGACAAGUCUGCAAAAUUGAUCAGAGACAAUUGAGAAAAUUUUUGGUGACCUUGAAAGUGGAGAAGUUUAUAAAGGAACGGUUGGUGCCGCAAGAAGUUGAUGGCAAAGUUAGAAAAUUUACUUAUUAUUUUGUCAAUUACAAAGGAGCUUUAAAUGUUGCCAAAUACAAAAUUGACCAUAUUCGACAAAAAUUGGAAGUUAGAGAGAAGGAUGACAUUCACAGAGCUUUUUAUCGAUGUUCUAAUGAGGGGUGUAAAAGGCAAUAUGAUGUGAUGGAUAUGGGGAAGAUUUUUGAUCCUUUCACACAGGAGAUGAGGUGUUGGCAAUGUCACAGUUUAGUAGAACAAGACGAACUUGCCAGUGGUCCAUCCUCAACAACACGUUCCUCUAUGGCCAAAUUUAAUGAACAAAUGACUGGAAUAUUUUCUUUAAUAAAACAAAUGGAUGGAAUUCGUUUUGGACGUGAAAUAACUGAACCAACAAUACAAGCACCUAUAUUUAAAUCUGAAGGGGAAACGAUUGAACUUGAAACGAGAAAAGUUGCUAGUCUUGGACAACGUGCAUUUUUUGGUGCUGGUAAAACUAGAAGUGAUUUAUAUGGAGGUGAUAUUACUGUUUCAAUUGGUGAUGAUAAUAUUGAAAAAACACUCGAAGCAAAAGCAGAAAUUCCUUGGUUACUUUCUGCUAAACAAGUGGAUGUGGAUACUACACAAUUGGAUGGAUAUAAACAAACAGAAAAUAUAAACAUUGCUUCAACCUCAUCUUCGACAACAAUUAAAAUUAAUCAACAAAAUGACCAUUUAGAAGGAAAUAAGGACGAAGAAGAAGAAAUAAUAAUAAAGAGACCUAGACGUGAUGAAAUAGCUUUACUUUUGGCUGAUGAGGAACUAGAAGAAAGUAAGCAAAAAGAAGAAACUCGAAAUGGUGGUUCUGGUAAAGAUGAUGAUUCGGCAUUACGAAGUUCUCUAAAAAAACAAAUGGAAGAAGAUGUAGACGUAGAAGAAGAAGUUUUUGUAUUUGUUCAAGGAGAACGAUUUCGUGUUGAUGAUAUAAAUGAAGCUUUAUUGGCAAAAAUGAGUGAACAAGAAAAAUCUGAUUAUUGUGAACGAAUGCAAAAUGCUUAUGCUGAUUUUUAUUGAGAACAAUUUUGGGGGAUUUUUUUUGAAAUUUUAACGGGUUAUUUUUUUAAAUUUUUUUUUUGUUUUGAGAUUAUUUUUGUGUGGGGAUCUCUGGCCAGAAAAACGAAUGCUUUUCUUGUGAACGGGAAAAAAUUUAAAAAAAAAUAACAAACUUAAAAGUUGUCCCGGUGCCGGACCGGUUCUGCCCGGACUUUUCAGGAAGCUGGGUUUUCCGUGGAGUAGCAUGAGACCGGUUAAUGGCCUCGUUUAUUUUUCCCUGCGGCGGGACAAAAAGCGGAGAAGGGAAAAGAGAAAAAAGACCCGCCACCGGUAAAAAUAAACGAGGCGAUUAAUCGGUCUCGUGCUUCUCUAGUUUUUUUGUGGGACUGUUUCCGGACCAGAUUAAGCAGGAAAGUCCUGUUGAAUCCAACCUAGCGCUAAUUACAAAUUUGGGAAUCUGAUUCCGAAAAAUUCUAUUUUUCCAUUUACUACUGACAAAAAAAGCAUUCUCUGGCCAAGACGAUUUCUGGACUCUCUUGACCCUUUUUUAAUAAUUUUUUGGAUAAAUGACAUUUUGUCCUAUUCAUACUGUACUUUAUUGAUUAUUUGUCUUUUAUCUUUUUUUGCUUCGUAUUUUUUUUUAAUUUUUAAAUCUUGUUUUUAGACUUUCUUAACCUUUUGAUUUUUAAAUUAUAUAUUCAAAAUAACCGAAAAUGUCUUAUGGACAAAAACCUGCUUGGGCUAGAUCUCAAGGUUUGUUUUUUUUUAUUUUAAAAGGGAUGGAAGUGUUUCUGAGACAAUAAUUGCUCGUUAGGUUGUGGCAACUAUUAAGCUUUUUGUUUGCGUGAUAAGUUGACGCCAAGUUUAAGAC